GGGUCUUGAAGUUCGGUGUCGACUUUCACAGCUCGAGGAACUCAGCGCUGCUAAUGACACAGAACGACAUUUCCCGAGCGGCCUCUGUCACUACCGAGGAAUCACACGCACUUUGACUGGAGGUAUGACUGACAGCACGUAGGCUCACAACUUCUGAUAAUGUUUUGAGUAGUUAGUAAACGCCUAUUACCCUAACGGCCACUGCACAUCGAGAGUAUAGCGGGUGAUUUUCCGACAAAUGGCCACCAUCGUCUUUUGCUCAGUUAACAAAACAGCUCAGACUACGUCUAGGCGAUGUUUGAUUUCACAUUUAAAGGGGCUUGCUAAUGCAGGAGUGUCGCAAUUGCCGUUAGCCUCCACUCACAGCCCGUCGUUGUCAUUGCUUACGGGAACAAGAUGGUUUUCCAGGGGUACUGGCGUGCGGUUCAUGUCCCAUGGGACCGCAGGCAGAGCUGCAGCCGGGCGGAGCAGAAGAGGGGCCCUGGCGCUCAGCGGAGCCGCAGCAGUAACAGCUGCCGCGGCUGUAGCGGGGUUUUUGGCCAACGCUAGCCACUUCCAGCGUGCUGAAAUGGCAACGAAAAUACCCAAAGCCGCAGAGGACAAGGAGCAGGAGGGGGAUAUCUUGGAGAGAUGCCGGGGGUUCAUGUCUCUUCCGGUCACCGACGUCGGUGUGCUGCAGGGGAGGAAAGGGGAGAUGCGUACGAGGAUGGAGAUGCUGAUCAUGGAGACGCAGGCCGACUUCUGCAAAGCCUUGGAGGAGGUGGACGGUGGGAAGUUCAAGGUGGACCGGUGGCACAGGAAGGAAGGUGGUGGAGGAAUCAGCUGUGUGUUGCAAGAUGGAAAGGUGUUUGAGAAGGCAGGAGUCAAUGUGUCAGUGGUGUUUGGAAACCUCACAGAAGAGGCUGCCAAGCAGAUGAGGAGCAGAGGGAAAGUCCUCAAAGGGAAAGAUGGCAAGCUGCCAUUCUGUGCCAUGGGAGUGAGCUCCGUUAUCCACCCCAAGAACCCCCACAUCCCCACAGUGCACUUCAACUACAGAUACUUUGAGAUCGAGGAGGAAGAUGGCUCUAAGCAGUGGUGGUUUGGUGGAGGAACGGACCUGACUCCAGUUUAUAUCAAUAAAGAAGAUGCCUUUCACUUCCACAACACCCUGAAGGAGGCCUGUGACAAGCACCAUUCGCAGUACUACAGCGACUUCAAGAAAUGGUGUGACAGAUACUUCUACAUCCGCCACAGAGGAGAGACUCGGGGUAUAGGAGGGAUCUUCUUCGAUGACCUGGACAGCCCCAGUCAAGAGGAGGCAUUCAACUUCGUCAAGAGCUGCGCCCGCACUGUGGUGCCGUGCUACCUGCCCAUAAUAUACAAACACCUUAAAGACCCCUUUACUGAUGAGGAGAAAGACUGGCAGCAGGUACGACGAGGCAGGUAUGUGGAGUUCAACCUGGUGUAUGACAGAGGAGUGAAGUUUGGCUUGGCCACACCUGGCUCCAGAAUUGAGAGCAUCCUCAUGUCCCUCCCCCUCACUGCCAGGUGGGAGUACAUGCACGAGCCUGCCAAAGGUACCCAAGAGGCUGAGAUGAUGGAAGUGUUACGAAACCCAAAGGAGUGGGUGUGAUCACAGUGUUCACAAGUUUACAUGUCAACAUGGACAAAACAUCCAGGAAAUUGUUGUAUUUUAUAAUGCUGUGACCUGUUUUCUGCGACGGUACUUUUCUCUGUCCCCUGUUUGCUAUGUUCUGUCAAAUCAGCCUUGUUAACACUUAAUCGCACUGGCAUUAGUACUGAUAAUGAGACAUUGUAUUGUUACACUUUUGACUGGGCUUUGUGCCAUUACUGACUGCCUGGCAAAGUAAAGCAAAACCAAAUGAUUUAACUUCACAGGUGGCCACUGUACCUGCUUUUAGGUCAGCUGACAUUGAUGUGCUCCUUUUUAAAAUGUGUUUGUGUCAAACACUAGCUGCACCUUUUUUCUAUGCUUGGGCUAAAUGUGGGUUGCACUACUUGAACCUGUCUGGACUGACCACUGAAAGGGAAAAAUGGUACAAACUGAGCCACCAUGUGUGUAUGUGUGUUCUACCACUGGUAUCAAUUUUUAUUAAAUCUGAUUUUCAGUGCA